AACAGAGUAUAUCUAUGUCCAUCGUUUUUGCAUUUGACGGUGGGCAGGUGGAAUAAAAGGCGCUAACGAGAGCCCCUGCGGGGUGGAGGGUAGGAAGCAGCUAAAGGAGUUUUCGCCUCACCACCACCCUGGACGUCCAUAGACGCCGCGGAAUCUCCAGUCAAUUACCAUCAGCUUUGAUAUCAUGGCAAACAUGACAAAUAAAAAUGCAAUGUACAUGGGAGAGCUCAUCGAUAAUAAGCGGGAUGGGCAGGGAGUGUGUCGAUGGGAAGAUGGGAAUGUAUACGAUGGCGAAUGGCGUGAGGAUAAGCGUCACGGUCGAGGCAUGUUCAUGAUCGGUGAGACAGGGGACGAAUACGUCGGCGAAUGGAAACACGGGAAAGCGGAUGGAUACGGAGUGAUGACCUGGGUAUUGGGUACACGGUACGAGGGCUUGUGGAAGGAAAACCGUCGAAAUGGCUUUGGGACGUUCUAUUACUUGGACGGCGUGAUCUAUCGGGGCGACUGGGUAGAAAACAAACGUCACGGGAAAGGUACACUUAUUUUUCCGGACGGGAGUCUGUUUAUCGGCGACUUUAAGGACGACAAUGUGGCUGGGGGGGAAGGGCGCUACUACGCCGUCGCCUUUGCGCUGGAUCGCACCUUUCCGGAGAGCAAAGCAGAAGAAAUUCCCGCCCUGGCCAUGAAGGAAGUCAAUGCAAAGCUACGAGAAAUACAGGCUAAAUCGUCGCACGAUCAAAAUCCCCCUGCCUCUUCAUACAAAUCGCCACAUAGUAGCCCUUGGGCUCCUAACCCCAUGCAGAACUCUCCAGCGGAAGCUGCCGGACACCCCUCUCCCCACGUAUACCUUCCUCCUCCGCCACCACCUUCCCAGCAUAUUGCUAAUCCUAAUGUCUUGGGGUUCAACAACAACUAUAACAACAAUAAUAUCAACAAUAUCAGGAACAGCAGCAGCAUCAACAAUAGCAACAACGCUGGGAGGGCAGCACCUGGAAAUGUUUUUGGGAGCUCCCCCCCGAAUCAAGUGCUCGGCUUAGGGAUGAGCCCAACCGGGGCUCCUCAGGGCGUCUUUCAGAUUCCUACCCCGAGCAGCAGUGCAAUUUUCCACACAAACAGUCCUUUGGUCCACGCAACA